UCCUACUUCGAUUGUCCAUUUGCUUUGUAUUGAGAAGCAGUCGCGCCUUUCGGGGGUGUUCUCUUUCAGACCCGGCGGCGCAGAUGAUCGUGAACCACUCAUCCCGUCCGUCUCUCCGGCCGCCGCGCCGGACUCCGCCGUCCGCUUGCCGCGACGCGCGCGUCUCCCUCCUCCCACUGCCUCCUCCGUCCCCCUCUUCUCCGAGCGCGGCGCGUAGCCCACCGGCGAGGUGGCCCGCAUUGACAACAGAGCCGCGACGGCAGCGAAACAUUCGGGGAACCCGUGCGUACCGUUAAGCCCCUCUUCGCCCGGCCGCAUAAACCCGUCCUCGAAACUAGCCGUUGUACCCGUCUCUCCCGAAAAUCCAUCCCGCCUCCUUCCCCUUGACGGCUACCCUCCGCUCCGAUCCGAUCUCUCCGGCAUGGCCGCCGCCGCCACGCCGUCGCAGCGCGCGGACCUGAUGCCGCCGCAGCAGCCCGUACCGCCGCCGACUGCGCCCCGUCCGCGCCGCCGCGGAAGGGAAGUCAGUUCCCGGUACCUCUCAACGCCCGUCCCUUCGACCCCGCGCCUCUCCACCGCCUCCGCGGCCUCCUCCACGCGGUCGCGCUCCCCGACGCCGUCGCCUCGUGGACGGCAGCGGGCGGCCACGCCCUUCGCCAACGAGAACCACCCGCCGCCGCCUCCUACGGGCACCGUCGCGCGCCGGCGGGCCGUCCAGAAGCUUUUCGAUGAGACGGGCGCCGGCAACCCGCGUGCCUCGGUGGUCGCCAACUCCUCUGCCUCCACCGUCCCAGCACCAACUCCGCGGCCGCUCCCGCGCUCCACCAGCCGGCCGGCCGCGCCCACCGCGCGGAGAGGGUACCCGCGCCUUCCGACGCCCGCGCGUGCUGGCUCCUCCUGCCCUCCCUCCGCCGCGGUGGAAUCCGACGCCGCCUCGUGCUGCUCUUCGUCUGAUACGUCGUCCACGGCCACUGAGUUCUCUGAGGCCGAUGUGGCGCUCGGGAUGGCCCCAGCCGCGCCGUGCGAGAGCCCGCCGCUGCUUGGCCCAGCGUCCUGCCGCGGGGGACGCCUCUCGUCAGAGCUCCGCUCGUCCGUGCCGGAGUCGGGCGGGUUCUCGCGGGCGUCUAACCCACUAUGCUACCGCUCGCUCAACUCGGCACUGUCGACCUCAACGGCGAUGGCUGGGAAGCUGACGGCGGCAGGGAGGCCACCACAACCGCAAGGUCCGAAGGCAGCUGAUCUGAAGAAGGUGGCGAUCGUGGGGGGCAGGAAGGUCGCGGGGAAGCAGGAAGACGUGCACCAGCUGCGGCUGAUGGGCAAUUCGUACCUCCAGUUCAGGUUCCUCAACGGCCGGGCUGAGGCAGCAGGCAGGGCCAAGGCGGCUGCUGCAGAGAAAUCGUUGUACGGGCUCGAGGAGAAGAUUGCCAGCCUAAGGGAAUCUGUUGCUGAGAAGAGGGCAGAGGUGGAGAGGAUGCAGAGGGAUCAUAGACUGCGUUCAGUAGUAAAUGCGCAGGUGCCAUAUUUGAAUCAGUGGAAUGACAUUGAGGAGGGUCAUGCAAGCUGCCUUAGAGGGGCAACAACAGCACUAUAUAACUCCUCGUUAAGGCUACCAACCAUUGGGAGUGUAAAUGCCAACUGCGAGGAACUUACAGAAGUCCUUAAGUCAGCAACACAACUGCUUGAACCGCUUUCACCUUGUAUCGAAAAUUUCCUGCCAAAGGUCGAACAAAUCGAUGAUGUGGCAUGUAAUCUUGCCCAAGUUAUCGCUACUGAGAGAACCUUGAUAGAGGAGUGUGGUAAUCUCCUGUACCAGGCACAGAACCUGCAGAUGAGGGAGAGCAGCUUGAGGAGUCAAGUGAUGCAGCUGAAACAAAAUGAAGCGAAGUAAAAGUAAUACAAGGAAUAUCACAUUCCUGGCUGGCAUCUGCUCUGACUUCGCCACAAAAUAUCCAACUGAUGCAAUGACAAAUCCAACUGCAUAGACGAUGGGGGGCAGCUUGAGGAGUCAAGUGAUGCAACUGAAACAAAAUGAAGCGAAGUAAAAAUAAUACAAGGACGAGGGAUAAGCACGCCGCCAGGGGCAGCAGCUUCACAAGUUCAACUGAGUGAGCUAACUGUGCUCAACGUUGGAUGCCCAAUACCCAAGUGGACAGAAGUUGCCCGAUCGAUACAUAACCAAAGGCACAAGUGGGUUCUGCGAAUUAAGAUUGCUGAUUCUUUCCAGUACAUAGUAUGUUCGGUAAUUUGCCGUGGAAACAUUUUUGCUGUCUAGCUAUUGAAAAUACAGAAACAUGCAUCGUUUUACGAAUGGAAAUUUGUUGAUUCUUUGUAGUUCGCGUGUUGCGCAAAUACCACUGCACUGCCUUUUUGUUAGCAUCCGGGAAAGAAAAUUCCCAUGCCUGUGUUUGACGAAAUAAUCAGCACAAUCUUAUCUUGUUAAGAUGAAUUUGAGAACGGUCAGCUAUGGAGAAGUUUUGAGAC